AUGGCUGCACAAUGGCAAUGGCAAUCGGAUACUAAACCAUGCGAUGUUGCAGAUCCAGAAAAAGUCUCAUGGACAUCAUAUGCACCUGAAGAGAAUUUUCUGAUUGAACAAGCUUAUUGUUCAUCUUCAUCUGAACCUAUUGUAAUUUACGAUUAUUAUGUGAUUGAUAUUCAAAAACAGAUUCAAUAUGUACAAAAUGCUCCAACACAUCAACGUCCAAUAAGACGUCUGAGUAACGUUCAAAAUAUGAAUGAUGAGCAUAUUCGUCAAAAUCGUUUCAUUUUCUCCGGUGAUCAUGAUCAUUUCUUUCAACCAUUCGAAACGGAUAUUAAAUUUGGUUCAUUGAUGAUCCAAGAAUGGCACAAACAUUUUAUUGAAUGUCAUCAAGGAGAUGUGAAUGUGAGUGAAAAAGAUAUUGUUGAUGCGGCUAUUAAAGGAAUAGAAGAAGAAGGUUCAAAGAAUAUAGAGUUCAGUGGAGAAACAAAAAUCAUAUGUAAUGAAUUGCGUAAAGUACGAAAUUGUGAAAACAAAGUGAACAGAAAAGAAUGUGCGGUAAAAUUGUACACGCGUCCUGGUUUUCUGUACAAACUGGUCAAUCGAGCUCUUCGAGAGCGUGACAGGCGAAUUUAUCGAGAUACACUUGGGCCUUAUUGCUAUUUACUCUAUUCUUAUCUUUGUCUGCGUUCACCUUUUGGUAUUGAUUUCUAUCGAGGAACUGUAUAUCGUGGUGCUCGGCUACAUCCAGGUAUGAUCGGUCGAUUUCAGAAAGAGAUGAAACAAGGAGAUAAAUUCUUGACUUGGCUCGGCUUUACGUCAACAACUAAAAGUAGCGCAGUGGCCAAUGAAUUCACGGGAAAUACUCUUUUCGAAAUCUUAUUGACCGAUACAGACCAUUUUACAUGUCAAGGUGUCGAUAUUAGUAAACUUUCGCACUUCCCUAAUGAAGAAGAAGUUCUACUACCAUCUGGUUUCCAGUUUCAAAUUGUCGAUGUCAAACCAUUAGAGCCAACAAAAAACAAGCCAUAUCCUUGUUUUCAUAUACAAAUUCUUCCACGUCAAUGUGAUAGUGUUGUAAAAUAG